AUGAUAAAAAGCAAGCAGCCUGUUCGAGAAGCCCCUUUCUCACAAAUUCUACUAGUGAAGGCAUAUUUGAACAUUGACCAAUCAGGAGCGAGCACACUUCUCAUCAUCGCCUGCUCAGUACAAGGCCACGCCCACAACAACCUCUCAUUGGCUGAAGCUUCCAGAGAUAUUCUAUAUCUCGGAGAGAUAGAGGAAGAGGAAGAGUUAGUUGAAGAGGUAGAUAAAGAGAUAGAGGACGAGGAAGAGGUAGAGGAAGAGGUAAAUGGAGUGAUAAAGGAAAAGGAAGAGGUAGAGGAAGAGGUAGAUGAAGAGAUAGAGGAAGAGGAAGACGUAGGGAAAGAGGUAAAUGGAGCGAUAGAGGAAAAGGAAGAGGUGGAGGAAGAGGUAGAUGAAGAUAUAGAGGAAGAGGAAGACGUAGAGAAAGAAGUAAAUGGAGCGAUAGAGGAAAAGGAAGAGGUAGAGGAAGAGGUAGAUGAAGAGAUAGAGGAGGAGGUAAAUUAA